UAAAAAAAAGUGGUUAAGUAUAUAAGCUACAAAAAUCAAGAACAGCAACUACGACAGAACAUUAUAAUUGACUCACCUUAGUGUGAUUUCAGUCAAUAUAUAAGAUAAACAUUUGCUUUUCGCUCUAAAUCGGUUUGAUGCUUUUUGUAGUUGUAUUUUGCUUGCUUUUGACAUACGAGUGUAGAGCUAUAUAUUUUUUUUAUCUGUAUAUUAUGGCAACUCUGCGCCGUUCAAUGGAAAGAAAACAUCAGCAAUCGCCGUGACGGACAAGAAAUUUAGAACUGGAAAUGAACGAAUUUGAAAAAGUUAUACGAAGGUUCAAUUUAUAAUUAGUAAAAUGGAGCUUUGUCGUGCACGAGAUGAUAAACUAAAGACGGAUGAACCAGCAUCGAACUCUCCAGUAAUCGAUUUCUCAAAUCAACACGAAUGUCAGAUUUGUGGUGAGCGAAAAUGUGAACAUCAUAAAAACGUCUUAGUACAUGAAGUCGAGCAGCCAGUUAGUUUCAAAAUUGGUAGUAAACAUUCCUCGAAGAACGUUUCUAUCAAGCAAAGGAUCGAUCAUACCGACGACAGAUCAUACAAAUGUGAUGUGUGCGGGAAAGAAUUUAAAUCUAAUCAACGAUUGAAGAACCACAGAACGAUCCACACCGGUGAGCGACCGUUCAAGUGCGCCGAAUGCGAAAAUGAAUUUGCCACUAAGGCUUACCUCACCAAACACAUGUCUGCUCACAAAAAAGAUUACAAGUACAGGUGCGAAGUGUGUAACAAAAGCUUUAAUCAUAGAGCAAGCCUCUCGAAACACAAACGUAUCCAUGCGGACGUGAGGUAUAAAUGCACCAUAUGCGAAAAGGAUUUCCCCACUAAGGAUUAUCUAAGUAAUCACAUGCAUAGGCACACGGGUGAUUAUGCGCAUAAGUGUGAAGUGUGCGGUAAAGGAUUUACAGCUAAAUCACGUUUGAAGGAACACCAACAUUGUCAUACAGGGGAACGACCCAUCGAAUGCAGUGUAUGCGGGAAAGAUUUCUUCAGUAAAGUAAAUUUUGCUAUACACAUGCACAUUCACACAGGUGAGCGACCGUACAAAUGCUCCGUUUGCGGGAAAGAUUUUGCUUUUAAGGCUUACCUAACCAACCACAUGUCUGUUCACGGAAAUGAAUUCAGUUACCAGUGCGAAGUGUGUGACAAAAGUUUUAAUAAUCGUGCGGGCCUCACGAAACACAAGCAUAUUCAUGCGGACAAGAAAUAUAAAUGCGCCAUAUGCGGAAAAGAUUUUAUUACUAAGAACUUUCUGAGCAAACACAUGCAUAGUCACACGGGUGAUUACGAGUAUAAGUGUGAUGUGUGCGGCAAAGGAUUCCAAGCCAAGUCACGUUUGAAAGAUCACGAGCACAGUCAUACGGGUCAGCGACCGUACAAGUGCACUGUAUGUGAAAAAGAUUUUUGUGGUAAAACGAAUCUUACUCAACACAUGCGUCUUCACACCGGUGCGCGACCUUACAAAUGCACCUUAUGUGAAAGAGAUUUUGCCAUUAAGUCCUACCUGUCCCGACAUAUGACUGUUCAUGAAAAUAUGCAGUUAAAGAUGCUUAACCAAGUCGCAGUCAUACAUCAACCAUCAUCGUGAAAGGUUCGAUGUAGAUCUGAAAACGGACGAAAACAUAAUUUUAAUAAAUUUCUGUUAUAUGUUUGAA